CACCGGAGACCUGCGCGGAGGCGGCACCGCGGCCGCAGGCUGUGACCCACCAGGUCUGCGGCCAGUGGCCUGAGGGGCAUCCCGGCUUUUUCGCGGUGAGAGGCGGAGCCGGAGCCCGGGACUGGGUUCCAGGUGGGCUCAAGGGAGGAUGAAGCAGGCCCUGGUGGACGACACUGAGGAUGUGUCCUUGGACUUUGGCAACGAAGAGGAGUUGGCCUUUCGGAAAGCCAAGAUCAGGCACCCCGUGGCCACUUUCUUCCACCUGUUCUUCCGAGUGAGCGCCAUCGUCACUUACGUGGGCUGCGACUGGUUCAGCAGAAGCUUUGUGGGCUGCUUCGUCACCGUGCUCCUCCUUCUGUCCUUCGAUUUCUGGUCUGUGAAGAACGUAACUGGGAGGCUCAUGGUGGGCCUCCGCUGGUGGAACCAGGUCGAUGAAGAUGGGAAAAGCCACUGGAUUUUUGAAGCCAGAAAGGUCUCUCCGAACAGCAUCGCCGCCACCGAAGCAGAAGCCCGCAUCUUCUGGCUCGGCCUCAUUAUCUGCCCGAUCAUCUGGAUUGUGUUCUUCUUCAGCACCUUGUUUUCCUUGAAGCUGAAGUGGCUGGCCCUCGUGAUAGCGGGGAUCUCUCUCCAGGCCGCUAACCUGUACGGCUACAUCCUGUGCAAGAUGGGAGGCGAGAGUGACAUCAGCAAAGCCGCCGCCAGCUUUCUGUCCCAGACGGUGUUCCAGACGGCAUAUCUUCAGAGGCAGCAGUGGCGAGGUGAGGGCUCUGCAGUCAAGCAAGCGCCAGCAGGCAUUCCGACCAACAAGCCGCGGGUUUUCAGUGAAGCAGGGACGUUUGAGGAGACGCUUUUAUUUUUUAAAUGGCACAUGUGUAAAGAACGCCCUUUACAUGUGAUCUAAAGAAAACUGUACAAAUAUCAGGUGAUUAAAGUGUCUGCAAAAGUGACUUCACACCA